AUGUCAGACCCAACGAGAGGUUGUAUUUACAAACAAGGGAUGCCAGUAAUAUCCGUGUUUGUUCUGAUUGUUUUCUUGCCCUAUGCGGGGUCAUUGGACUGGAAGCUUGGCGCUGUGGUUUCUGAUCUUGUAGACAGAAUGAUGAACAGAGGUAACAUAUCCAGCAACAUCCCAGUAGAGUUUCCAUCACUGACAGAACACACAAACGCCCGUGGUAACUACCGGGGAAGUUUUCACUCUGCGGUACAGCACCAUUACCGGUACCUCCGGAUUAACGACUUUGCCAUGAGUAAGACGAUGGACAACAGGGCACGUGUUGCCGCCUCUGUAGCCAGGACAGUGGCAGUCAUGUCAGGAAAGAGAACAGCAGAGGAGGUUCGACCAUUUCUGCAAAGUCCCCGGAUGUUACAUAUAUUCCAUAAGGCUUUUAAACCUUAUUGCUUUGAAGAACCUAGGUGUAAUUUUGACUAUCCGUACAGACACACCUGUGGGGCUUGUAAUAAUCCCAGAUAUCCACUUUUAGGCAAGGCAUUUAUGGUGUACCGACGGAUUGUUCCUUCCAGCUAUGAAUACGGCAUCGAAAUGCCUCGAACUAAGAGCAUAGACGGACACCCCCUCCCCAGUGCCCGGAGGGUCAGUAACGUGGUCCAUAAUAAUAACAACCAGGUGGAGGUCAGUGCACGAUUCACCCCCUACCUCACACACUUCGGACAGUUCCUUGACCACGACAUCUCAAGCACUCCCGUUAUGACUGAUUCAGAAAAUAAUAUCAUUGAGGAUUGCUGUAUUCAUCCUAACAGGCAAGAAUGCUUUAAUAUUCCAAUUGCUUUGGAUGACCCUUACUUCACUGAUCCAACUCAGAAAUGUAUGCACUUUGUCCGCUCAGACAUUGGUCCAGUUCCUGGUUGUUAUACAGGGAUUAGACAACAACAGAAUCAAAGAUCUUCAUUUAUAGAUGGUUCAGCUAUUUACGGAUUCAAUACAGCCAAAGAAAACUCGCUAAGAGAAAAAAGGGGAGGUUUACUUCGGGUCAGUAAAUUUCACGCCUACCGUCCUGGUGUACUUCCAGAGGGCGAGGAAACGCAGUGCGAGAACGAACACAAUGCAAUUUUUACAAGGAAUGCAAUCAACCACUGUUUUGAUGCUGGGGACCACAGACACACAGAGAGUCCUUUAUUGGCUAUCAUUCACAUAAUGUUUCUUCGUCGACAUAAUCUUAUUGCCGAGGCCCUACAACGUGCCACUGGAAUAACGGACGACGAAGUCCUGUUUCAAGAGACAAAACGAAUCGUCGUUGCAGAACUCGGUCAUAUAACGUAUAAUGAAUAUCUACCAGAUAUCUUACCCCCUGAAAUUAUAAAUACUUUUGGCCUUAAAUCGACAAGAGCUGGACACCAUACAGUGUACGACAUUUCUGUGGAUCCACGUGCCAUAAACAGCUUUGCAGCUGCCGCAUACAGAUUUGGCCACAGUUUUGUCCAAAGUGUUGUUGGCCAAGACAAUGGCAGAUCUAUCAUAGAAGACCCUCUCCGAAACAACUUUGACAAUCCAACCCUUAUAAAUUUUCCUCAAAAUGGAGGUUGCGAGUUUGUUGCAUCCUGGAUGGCCAAUACGGGCAAAGCGGACAGGGAUCGUUUUGUCACUAGUGAUCUCAGGAACCAUUUAUUUGACGCAAAACCAACAGGGUCAUUAACGACUAGUCCCGGGGCCACACUUAGCUUAGACCUCGUCUCUCUAAAUAUUCAACGCGGGAGGGACCACGGGCUUCCUGGAUAUAACGUAUAUAGACAGUGGUGUGGUAGAUCCAGAGCCGAGCACUUUGGCACCUGGGCCCUCGGUCUUGUGGACCACGAUAAACAAUCAGCAGCGACUUUACAGUCAAUCUACAGGCAUCCCGACGACAUUGACUUAUUUACAGGAGCCAUGUCUGAGAGAAACAUAGGUGGCUCUCUGGUAGGGCCAACUUUCGGGUGUAUCAUUGGUUUCCAGUUCAACAGACUUAAAUUUGGCGACAGGUUCUGGUAUGAGAACAAAUUUCCCCGUACUGGCUUCACGGAAGAACAAGUGAUUGAAAUAAAGAAGGUGACAAUGUCAAAGAUAAUGUGUUCUACACUGGUCCAAGGAGCUACCCCCGUAAUACAGCCCCAGCUGUUCAAGAGACAGACGGUUAGAGGAAAUCAGCCGAUUUCAUGUAAUCAAAUACUUGGUCUUAAUACACCUCUAGGUUUUAACAUUGAACCGUUUGUCAGAGAACUUCAAAUUCUUGGAGGGAGACGUCAUCAAACUCAGACCAGUGUCAAUCUAAAUAUUCCGUCCAUCUUUUUAUCACAGCAGAAUAGACAAUCCACUGCUCAAGUGUACUGAAGGACCAGUCCACACCUUAAUAGGCAUGCGUCUA